CUGCCGGUCGCGGUCAUGGUGCCGAACGAGGCCAUUCCGUCGCUGGCCUCCUCCCGCGCCGCCGCGGAGGGCUGGGUCGCCGCCAACCUCGCGCCGCACGUCCCGGCGGCGCGGGUGAUGUACCUGCUCGUCGGCAACGAGGUGCUCUCCAACCGCGCCGCCGCGGGCUCCACGUGGCGGGCCAUCGUGCCGGCGAUGGCCAACCUCCACCGCGCCCUCCGCGCGCACGGGAUCCGCAAGGUCAAGCUCGGCACCACGCUAGCCAUGGACGCGCUCUCGGCCUCAUACCCGCCGUCCGCCGGCGCGUUCCGCGGCGACGUCGCCGAGGCCGUGAUCCGGCCGCUGCUCCGGUUCCUGAACGCCACGCGCUCCUUCUACUUCGUCGACGCGUACCCGUACUUCGCGUGGGCGGCGAACCGCGACACCAUCUCCCUCGACUACGCCCUGUUCCAGGGCGCGGCGAGCUCCCACUACGUUGACCCGGGCACGGGGCUCACCUACACCAACCUGCUCGACCAAAUGCUCGACGCCGUCGUCGCCGCCAUGGGCAAGCUCGGGUACGGGAACGUGAAGCUGGCCGUCUCAGAGACCGGCUGGCCGAGCGCCGGCGACGCGGGCGAGUCCGGCGCCAACGUGCGCAACGCCGCCACGUACAACCGCAACCUCGCCGCGCGGAUGUCCAAGAACCCCGGCACGCCGGCACGGCCGGGGGCCAAGAUGCCGGUGUUCCUCUUCUCCCUCUACAACGAGGACCAGAAGCCCGGGCCGGGCACCGAGCGCCACUGGGGGCUCUACUACCCGAACCAGACCAGGGUGUACGAGGUCGACCUCACCGGCCAGCGGCCGUCGCGGUCGUACCCGCCGCUGCCGCCCGCGGGCGACACGGACAGCUCGCCGGCGUGGUGCGUGCUGGCCAGCGGAGAAGGCAAGGCGGCGAACGAGACGGCGGUGCAGGCCGCGCUGGAGUACGCGUGCCAGCAGGGGAGCGGGACGUGCGCCGCCAUCCAGCCCGGCGGCGCGUGCCACGAGCCGGACACGCUGGACGCGCACGCCAGCUACGCGUUCAACUCCUACUGGCAGCAGUUCAGGAACGCUGGGGGCACCUGCUUCUUCAAUGGACUUGCGGAGGCCACCACCAAGGAUCCAAGCCAUGGAUCAUGCAAGUUCCAAAGUUCUCUGGACUAACAGCGCAGCAGGAGCUGAUAGCAUCAUCACAUAGGAUUAGCUAGUGAGGAAGGCCAUCGCCAUGGAUGCCCUUAGAAUUGCUACUAUUCUUUCCAUUUCUCUGUAGGAACUUGAUGAGCAAAGCAUCGCUGUAAUUCUAGUCAGUGUAGCACUGCUCUCAGGUGAAUUACAUUGGUUUGCAGGCAGCUCACCUGCCUAUAUCUCCUAUCCACAAAGCAAAACUACUUUGAAUUGCUCUCCGAGCCCAUCGGCGGCGAACUUUGGAAGCUUUGGUUUUUGUUUAAACUGCUCCUCCUAGUUCGCCGGCGGCGAAUUCUUUGUUGCUCUGUUUGUUUAAGUUGCUCCCCGAGUUUGCCGCGGCGAAUUUUCGAUCUGCCGAACCCUACCAAGUUAUGAUUGUACUUCCGGA